AUCACUCAGGCGAUCUUUAACCCUGCUUUCUUGUGUCUGUUUUCUUCUGUUUGCGCUUCUUACUGCAAAAUGUUUGUUAAAAACAUCGCUAAAACCUGCUAUUCCGGCUUGAGAAAUGCCUCCGGACGAGCUCAAACACUCUCCGCUGCUCCUACUAGACUACAGCACAGUCAGACCCAGCAGCACAGUCAUUCUGCAUCCUCCACACGCCCAGAGACCUCUGCCGCCAAGACCCUGAUGGACAUUGGCACUCGCAGGAUCUUCAAUGAGGACCAUGACAUCUUCAGACAAAGUGUCCGGCGCUUCUUCCAAGAGGAGGUGGUGCCACACCACAACAAGUGGGAGAAGGAAGGUCAGGUGAGCCGGGAAUUGUGGGAGAAGGCUGGGGAGCAAGGCCUGCUGGGAAUAAUGACUCCAGAGGAGCAUGGUGGCAUUGGAGGCGACCUGUUAUCCACCGUCAUCACGUGGGAGGAACAAAUGUACUGCAACUGCACAGGACCCGGUUUCGCCCUCCACUCCGACAUCGUCAUGCCCUACAUCUUAAACUACGGCUCCAAGGAGCAGAUCGAACGCUUCAUCCCCAAGCUGAUGGCAGGAACAUCCAUCGCUGCCAUUGCAAUGACAGAGCCAGGAGCAGGCAGUGAUCUACAAGGUGUGAGGACAAACGCCAAGAAGGACGGCAGCGACUGGAUCCUCAACGGCAACAAGGUGUUCAUCACAAACGGUUGGAUGGCCGACCUGGUGGUGGUAGUGACCGUGACCAACCGCGAGGCCAAGACAGCUGCUCAUGGCAUCAGUCUGUUCCUGGUGGAGAACGGCAUGAAAGGCUUCCAGAAAGGACGCAAGUUGGAUAAGAUUGGUCUGAAGGCUCAGGACACGGCUGAACUGUUUUUUGAGGAUGUGCGGCUACCAGCUGACGCCCUCUUAGGAGAACUCAACAAAGGUUUCUACUAUCUGAUGAAUGAACUGCCUCAGGAACGUCUGAUGAUUGCUGACAUGGCAAUAGCGAGCUGUGAGUUCAUGUUUGAGGAAACCAGGAACUACGUGUUGCAGAGGAAAGCUUUCGGCAAGACGAUCGCUCACCUACAGACUGUGCAGCACAAGCUGGCAGAGCUGAAGACUGAAAUCUGUGUGGGCCGAUCCUUCUUGGAUAACUGUCUUCAGCUCCACGCUGAGAAACGCCUGGAUCCCUCCACGGCCUCCAUGGCCAAGUUCUGGGCUUCUGACCUCCAGAACAAGGUGGCCACUCAGUGCCUGCAGCUCCAUGGAGGCUGGGGCUACAUGUCUGAAUACCCCAUCGCCAAGGCAUUUGUAGACUCUCGUGUUCAGCCCAUCUAUGGAGGCACCAAUGAGAUCAUGAAGGAGCUCAUUGCCCGCACCAUUGUCAGCCAGAAGUGAGAAAAUUUGGAAGGUUUUAUGGUGGAGGAGCACUGGGGAGAGUGGGGUGGUUUGCACAUAAUAUGUGUUUGUUUCUUGGUUGAUGAUUUGUCUGGAAAAAAACUGAAAAUUCCGAAUGUUCUCUUGGUCGUGAAAAGUCUGUAAUUGUAAAUGUAGUUAAACCUGCAGUGCAUAACUUUUGUCUCCCACUUCUGGCAGUGAGGUUAUUUACAAAAACACAGGUGACAGAUGCUUAUAAUGUAUGACUCCUAGCUGCUCUAUUGGCUCUAACCACUAUACUACUUGCUGUAAAACAGUGCAUACAGUUGUUUGAGUUUCACAACCUCUGCAAAAUGACUCAUGUCAUUAUGAGAAUUUGAUCCAUUCCGUCCAAUAACAUUUGGAAAGUCUAGAAAAAGCCGCACAACUGAAUCAUUUUAACCCCAUUCAAUUUAGUGGUGGGCUGAACUGGAAGUUUACCAGCUCGACUGACUGAUGUCCCGCUGAUGGCAAACGAACCAUUGCUUGGUUGAUGUAAAAUGUAAAAUCACUACCUUUGCUGCGGCACAGGAAGGUCGCUCCAGACAUCAGAUUAAAAGAGUCAGGUAUAUUGUGAAAUAUAGAGAGAUUUAUCUGGCGGUGAUAGGCUUAUUCAGCAUUGUGUGAACUAAUUUGGUGUACAUAUAAGGUGUUCAUUUUGACAUUCAUUCAUAUGUAAAAGUCCUGCACUGCAGCUUUAAAUUCCACUUGAAUUCUUCAAAUCAGGGUUGGAAGUUGCAAGUGGAAAAAAUAAAUAAAUAAACAGGGUUGUCCUUGAUUUUUAAGUGAUGCAUAUUACAGUAGUUUUAGAGGGUUGACUUAUUUUCCGAACAAACACUGAUUGCCAGAGCGUUUCUGAACAUGGGCUUUGUUAGUAAAAUAUGAGUUAUAUUUUACAACUUUAUUUUUAUAUGCCAUUUAACAGUCAUUGUAGUGUCCAUUGUAUUUAUACUUAAUAGAACAAUAACAGAUUCCAGGUAAAAAUGCACUUGAACAUGUUUUAUUUUUAUAAAUGAAACUGCUAUUAGUUGCUUGAGUGUGUGUGAGAAUAUCGAAGAGAUGAUUGUCAUUUAUUUAUCAGGUCCAUAUACCUUUUUGUCAACACAAAGUGUCCUUACUGUCAUAUCUUGGUUGUUCAUAUUGAUGAAAUAAACACACAUUAUGUUUUA